AUGGUAAUCCAUGAAUAUCUUGGUGUAUCCAGUAUACGAUGUUACUCCGACCACUCUGGUCCUAAUUCUGCCGGAGGUAUUGAGAGAUGUGACGGGGACAUGGCCUGCUCAUCUGCUAGGAUAAUAUUCCGUGAGGAAGGAGAGCUACGGAAAGCAAUGGCUAGACAGUGUGUUGCUCGAACACCAGACAGAUCGAGUGGAUCUGGAUGGCCCUGGUGUACUGAGGAGUGGGCUGGAGGAGAUGAAGGAGGAAUGGAGGUUCUAACUUGUUUUUGUAAUACGGACCUCUGUAACGAUAACAACUUUAACCGCGGAAAGUUCAGUGAAUGGACCGCGGCAACCAUGGCGCGUUUAAAGUCCGGUCCAACGCAUAUUAUGGACAUCGCUGUUACAGUGGCGACAGCUGCUGUAGCACUCUUUUUCCUCGCAGUUGUUGUCUCAAAUAUUCCUUGGAAAUCUAUCCUGGGUUCCGGGAGCUCCAAGGAGGGGGAGAGGGAGGAGGAGAAUGGUGACCAGGAGGAAGAUGACGAGGAGAAGGAGGAGAAAGAUGAAGAUAAAAGAGAAAAGAAGGAUUAAAGUUCCAAAGUUUUUUUAAAUUUUAUAAUCUUGUAUUUUUAAUUUGAAUCACGUGGUUAGGGAUCAAUCAUAAAAGUAUUAUAAGUCACAAAUUCAACUUUUUUCGAUUCAACUUUCUUUAAUUUGCAUUUAGGUCUAGACAACUAGUAUUGGAACACCGUUAUUAAUCAACUAGCAUAAACUUUAUUAUGUAAAUUCACCCAUUCAAGGGCGUAUAGCGUAUACAAAGCGUAGUGUAGGCAAAAAUGGCGAGAGUCUGAAACUUAAGACAAGGGUAACGGAAUAAAACCGGACAUUUUAAGCCUGGUUUCAUGAAUAGGGUAAAUAAUUUUUCAGUUUCAGAACUAGGUCCAUAAAAUCAGAGCAAGUGACGUCAAUUAAGAGCUUUAAAAUUUGUCCAAAUGUUUGCUUUCUAAGUUUUUUCUUUCUUGUUUUCAUUUUAACAUUGGUGACCGGGGUUUUAUUUUUAUGUUGGAUUAUUACAAAUAAAAAGAUGAAUGUGAUUUUGUCUCAAGUAUCUGUGAUUUAGGUGAAAUAAAUGAAUGUGUAAACACUGUUAAAAA